AUGUGCAAAGAUUUUAUCAAAACAUCGUCAUGUGCAGUGAGGACAACGACAUCUUCAGCAUCCAAUACAGCUCGGCAGACCUCAGCAGACCUCAGAAGUACAGCAGUGCUCUCCCCCGCGCAACGCCCCUCGCCAACAUCACGUCCCGACAGCUCCAAUGCCUCACAUUCCCGCCGCCUUCCGCGCCUUACGCUUGGUUAUCCCCGCUGCGCUCUCCGCAACCGUCACCGGCUCCCCCUCUUUCUCUGUCUUGCUUUCCCGCUCGGCGUCCUCUACCUUGACCUUCUCCCGCUUGGGCUUGAGCGGAAUCAGAACAACUGCAGUGAGCGCAGAAAUCCCGACGAUCAUCCCGAGGUACGGCUUGAGGUUGGCCUUGUCGGGGUUGUCCAACGCCUUUGA